CCGCACCAGCAGAAAGAAGCUUUCAACGACCCAUCUCCCUCGAUCUCUCACAUCGUCGGCGAUAGGGUUUCCGAUUGUUCCUACUCCGCCGUCUGUAUCUUCAGCGGUCCUUUCGUCUGCUUAAUCGAGCAUUCGAGCUCCCUCUUGCCCCUAUUGCUUGAUAUCCGUUCUUUGUAUAUCUUAAUCUAGACAUGCCUAAGCAGAGAAGAGACAGAUCUUUGUCUUCUGAUAGGACUAGAGCAUAUCCAUACCCAUGUAGUUCAAGCCGCUCAAAGCAUUCAUUGCCAUUUGAUCAUCUGGAAAAUGAUAAACACUCGAUAGAAUGGGAAGAAGCAAGAUGCCCUGUUUGCAUGGAACACCCACACAAUGCCAUUCUCCUUUUGUGUUCAUCUCAUGAAAAAGGUUGCCGUCCUUAUAUGUGUGACACCAGCUACCGACAUUCCAAUUGUUUUGAUCAGUUCAAGAAAUCGUUCAGCGAGGCCACACCACCAACACCAAAUCUGCAAGAUGACGCUCCUUCCCCUCUGAUAUCAUCAGAUCAGGGUCAAAGUGAGGGUCCAAUGGGCUUGCAUGACGUCGUUUUUGAAAAUCAUGAAGAGAACAAUAUGGUAUGCCCUCUUUGCAGAGGGCGAGUAAAUGGGUGGGCAGUCAAUGAGCCUGCCCGUGAUUUCAUGAAUGCAAAACCAAGAAGCUGUUCUUGUGAGACUUGUGACUUCAACGGUACAUACACAGACUUACGGAAGCACGCUAGGUCUUCCCACCCCCUGGUACGGCCCACAGAGGCAGACCCUGAAAGGGAGCGCAACUGGAGGAGGUUGGAACGACAGAGAGAUUUGGGGGAUUUGCUAAGCACACUGAAUUCUUCACUUGGGGAGGAAGAGAGUGAUGGAAGCAGCACCUUAACCUUUGACGACGGGGGAUUGUUAACAGUUUUUCUUUUUGUUAGAAUUCUUCAACCAAGGCCACGUUCUAGGAGUAGCAGCAGCUGGUAUGGCUCAUCAAGACCCAGAGGUCAAGUGACUUUUAGGAGGCGGCCUUCGAGGAGACUUUGGGGUGAGACCUUUGAUGGUGAAACUGAGAGCAGAGGAGAUGAUGAUAAUGAAGAUUCUGAUGCGGGGACUGCUAUAAGGAGGCAUCAACCAACACCGGAAAGCUAGUCUUGUGUGCACACUUGGGGGCUUCCGCUGGUUUCAUUGAACAUUUAAGCCUCGGGGUUCCAUACAUAGAAGUGACCUUGGGGAAAGCCUAAUAUAGAUUUCUUAUCUAGUAGUGCUGCGACCUGAGGGGGUACCUGGAAUUGCAAACUACAAUCGGAGUGAGGCGGGAAAGGCAAUUAUUUCAGUUUGCAUGUGUACAUUUGUUCUUGUAAUCCUUCUUUCAAUUUGACGCCGUUGAUGCUGGAAUUUCUGUUCGAAUCAAUAAAUGUGAAAGCAAGAUCUUGUUUGCUUUCUAACACUAUAGAGCUCUGUAUCUUUUAUGAUUGUGAUUUUCUAUUAAUUGCAUUAACUUGCUUUGGUCCAACACUCGAACCUCUGAAAUGCCUUAAAGUUGCGUUUAGUUAGAUGUAUAUUCUCAAGUCUUGCUGAUCAAAAUGAUGGGAUACUUGUCACCG